AUGAUUCUCAAAGUUCUUGUUGCAUCAAAUGAUUGGUUUUAUGGAUGUAUUACUCUUGAACGAGUAUUUACUGCUAUUAAUGGUGUCAAAUUCAAUCAAGUUAAAAGUAAACAAAUAGCUAAAUGGAUAAUUUUAUGUGUAUUUCUUCUGACAAUUAUCAGUCAUAUUCAUGAUCCAAUUCAUCGUCAAUUAAUUAAUGAUUCUGAUGGUGAUGAACAACGAUUAUGGUGUUUAGUUCGAUACUCUUCUUCAAUUAAUAUCUUUAAUAUAUUCAUUACUUUUUUUCAUUUUCUUACUCCUUUCGCAAUCAAUUUAAUAUCUACUAUAAUUCUUAUCAUAUCAAUAGCUCGUUCUCGUUCUAAAGUUCGAUCUAAAAUACCAUUUAAAAAACAUUUACAACAACAAUUAUAUCAACACAAACAUCAUCUAUUUGCAUCUUGUGCAAUAAUAUUAUUAACUAUACCUCGUUUAAUUCUUUCAUUGACUCGUGGAUGUAUGAAAUCACCAAGAGAUCCAUGGUUGUACAUAUUUGGUUAUUUAAUUUCUUUUAUUCCAUCUAUGAUAACAAUUAUAGUCUUUGUAUUACCAGCGAAAAAAUACAAAGAUCAAUUUAUUGCGAUUAUUCAACAGAUUACUCUUCGUAGGUUUUGUCAUAUUUUGAAGGCACGAAGAUCAUAA